GCCGCCGGGACCGCCGAGCCGGGGCCGCGCAGGGCCCGCGAGGAGCGCACGAGCCUUCGAGGUUGCGGACGAGGGAAGGAGGAGCCGCAGCCGACGCCGGCGCCCGCCGGGAGAGAGCCCGAACCCGCCGCGGGCCAUGAGCCGCCGGGCCCCGAGAGCCGGGCCGCGGUCGGGGCAGCGCUCCGCCGGCGCCCCGGCCCGCCCGGUCGCAGCUGCGCGCCUGUAGCCACAGGGGGCUGCGAUGGGACGGGAGCCAUGAAUGGUGCCGCCUCCGGCCCCGCCGCCGCCGCCCCCGCCCCGGUCCCCGACUGGCGGCAGUUCUGUGAGCUGCACGCGCAGGCGGCCGCCGUGGACUUCGCGCACAAGUUCUGCCGCUUCCUGCGGGACAACCCGGCCUACGACACGCCCGACGCCGGCGCCUCCUUCUCGCGCCACUUCGCCGCCAACUUCCUGGACGUCUUCGGCGAGGAGGUGCGCCGCGUGCUGGUGGCCGGGCCGGCGCCUCGGGGGGUGGCCGAGCACCCCGAGGCCAUGGAGCCCGAGCCGGCGGGGCCCGCGGCGCUCAAGGCGGCGGCGUAUGGCCACUCGCGGAGCUCCGAGGACGUGUCGACGCAGGCGGCCGCCAAGGCCCGCGUCCGCAAGGGCUUCUCGCUGCGCAACAUGAGCCUGUGCGUCGUGGACGGCGUGCGCGACAUGUGGCACCGGCGCGCCUCCCCGGAGCCCGACGCUAGCGCCGCCCCGCGGGCCGCCGAGCCCCCAGCCGAGCCGCGAGACAAGUGGACACGGCGCCUGCGGCUGUCGCGGACGCUGGCGGCCAAGGUGGAGCUGGUGGACAUCCAGCGCGAGGGCGCGCUGCGCUUCAUGGUGGCCGACGACGCGGCCGCGGGCCCGGGCGGCACGGCCCAGUGGCAGAAGUGCCGCCUGCUCCUGCGCAGGGCCGUGGCCGGCGAGCGCUUCCGCCUGGAGUUCUUCGUGCCGCCCAAGGCUUCCAGGCCCAAGGUCAGCAUCCCUCUCUCGGCCAUCAUUGAGGUCCGCACGACCAUGCCCCUGGAGAUGCCAGAGAAGGACAACACGUUUGUGCUCAAGGUAGAGAAUGGAGCCGAAUAUAUCCUGGAGACCAUCGACUCACUGCAGAAACACUCGUGGGUGGCUGACAUCCAGGGCUGUGUGGACCCCGGGGACAGCGAGGAAGACGCCGAGCUGUCCUGUGCCCGGGGAGGCUGUCUGGCCAGCCGAGUAGCCUCCUGCAGCUGUGAGCUUCUGACUGACGCAGGGGACCUGCCCCGGCCCCCAGAGACAACGGCAGCCGUGGUGACAGCUCCACACAGCCGAGCUCGAGAUGGCGUUGGGGAGUCCCUGGUCCACGUCCCGCUGGAGACCUUCCUGGAGACCCUGGAAUCCCCGGGUGGCAGAGGCAGGGACAGCAGUAACACAGGGGAGGAGGGAGCGGAGGCAGAGCCUGAGGCCGAGCCUGAGCUGGAACUCUCCGACUACCCCUGGUUCCACGGCACGUUGUCACGGGUCAGGGCGGCUCAGCUGGUGCUAGCGGGAGGACCCCGGAGCCACGGCCUCUUCGUGAUCCGCCAGAGCGAGACUCGGCCUGGGGAGUACGUGCUGACCUUCAACUUCCAGGGCAAGGCCAAGCACCUGCGCCUGUCCUUGAACAGCCACGGGCAGUGCCACGUGCAGCACCUGUGGUUCCAGUCUGUGCUUGACAUGCUGCGCCACUUCCACACCCACCCGAUCCCACUGGAGUCAGGGGGCUCUGCAGAUAUCACCCUACGCAGCUACGUGCGGGCCCAGGGCCCCCCACCCGCCCCGGGGCCCUCGCCCAGCGCCGCGCCCGCGCCCCCCGCCUGCUGGAGCGAGCCGGCCGGCCAGCACUACUUCUCCAGCCUGGCCGCCGCCGCCUGCCCGCCCGCCUCGCCCUCGGAGGCGGGCGGCGCCUCGUCCUCGUCCGCCUCGUCGUCCUCGGCCGCGUCGGCGCCGGCCGCCCCGCGCCCCGCCGAGGGCCCGCUGAGCGCGCGCAGCCGCAGCAACAGCGCCGAGCGCCUCCUGGAGGCGGCGGGGGGCGGCGCGGACGAGCCCCCGGAGGCCGCGCCCGGCGAGGGAGCGCGGGGCCGCACGCGCGCCGUCGAGAACCAGUACUCCUUCUACUAGCCCGGCGCGGCGGCGCCAAGGCCCUGGGGCCCCCCCCGGACGCGCCGUGCGGCCGCCCCCGUACCCGUCCAUCCCUCCGUCCAGCGGACCCGGCCGGCCCCAGCCCGGCGCUGGGUGGGAAAAGCGAAGCUCUUCAGUGAAGACAUAAAUGUUAUUAAAGAGCCUGUUUUAGGGACUGCA